AUGAACUACGAGACAAAAUUGUGCUUGAAGGUCGCGCUCCUUCUAUUUCCUUUAUUCGUGGCAAUCAUUAGGUUGAUAGCCGUGCUUCCUGCGGUAGGCUCUUUUUCUGAACAGCCGCUCUUUUCCAAAAAUGCUAAGUCUCUUUCUGAUGUUCCAUUAUCCGUCAAAGGAGCAAAUAUAAUGAUAUUACUUGGUUCAGGUGGACAUACUGGAGAAAUGCUUCGUAUCUUAUCUAAUGUUGACAUGUCGAACUUCAGCAGAACAUGGGUGGUCUCUUCUGGUGAUACUACCUCUCUUGAGAAAGGGAAAGCAUUCGAAGAAGCUAAUUUACUGAGUUCACACUAUAAGGCUUCCUAUGCAUCGCUCCCAAGAGCAAGAAGUGUUGGUGAGUCUAUCAUCCUGUCUAUUAAAAGUACUCUUCUAUCCUUUUACGAAACCAUCCGUACACUUAGGGCAUUACCCCAAUUACCAUCGGUAUUACUUUUAAACGGGCCUGGUACUAGUGUGCCUCUUGCAUAUAUUUUAUUUGGUAUGAAAUACUUCGGUCUUUGCAAAACUAGCAUCAUCUAUAUUGAAUCCCUUGCUAGGGUUGACAGCCUAAGUGUGAGUGGCCUCUUGCUUCUUCCGAUUUCUGAUAGGUUCAUUGUGCAAUGGGAGGACUUAUACUUGAAGUACCAUCGUGCUGAAUACUACGGUAUGUUGAUUUAG